CUCCCCCUCCUCCUCCCCCUCCUCCUCCUCCCCCUCCUCCUCCUCCUCCAGGUAGGGCGGAGCUGUUUCUACGGUUUCUACCUUGACAGGAGUUUGGUUCAAACAUGGCGUUAUAGUCGGACUUUAGAGUGCUUUCACCGACAGAUAUUCACAGUCAUUUCUGUGUCCAAACGUAUCGGUUUCGGUAUGAGCCAGUCGUCCCGUUCAAACCGGGGAGACCGGGUGAGAAACGGAGACCACCGACACUCAUCACACGGUGACCGACGUUCAUCACCGGACGACAGGUCUUCCUCUCGAGCCCCGUACUACCCCAGAGAAGGCGGCUCCCCUCCCAAACCCAAACGUGUGCGGGAAGUCUCUCGAGUGGAGCACCACGAGUCCAAAUGCUCACACAUUUGCUCCAGGAGAGGCAUCGUGCUGAUCGUCUCUGUACUGACCAACAGCCUGGUCCUGAUCUGCCUGAUUGCGUCUCAGAUGGUGACAUCAGGCAUGUCCGCCAUGGGCGGGCUGGGCGGCUUCGACAUCAACUCCAACUUUAACAUGGAGGGCACCGAGAUGCAGAAGGCGCGCGAGCUGGACAUUCAGUACAGCCAGAUGAGGGCGCCGGGCAUGUACGUUGGCAUCCCCUUCACCCUGAUCCUCGGGGUCCUCUCGCUGCUGUUUGCGGUUGCCGGGAACAAGCCACCCCACUUGAUGUCCCGGAAGCUCCUGUACGGAGCGCUGGUGUUCCAGGCGGUGGGCGCCGUGGCGGUCGUGGUGGCCGUGGGGCUUUACCUGCACUUUAUCAUCAGCGUCAACUCCACCGAUGUGUGUAAGCAGCGCGAGAGGCUGUACGCUCGGAGCGGCUACACCUGGAUGAACUGUAACGUGAGCGGGGCGGAUGCCGCCGUGGCUCUGUUUGCGCUCAUCACGGCCAUCCUGUACGCCGCCGGCACAGCGCUCACCUUCCAGACGAUUCGGGGAGUGAGGCGCUACAUCGAGGAGGGAAAGCGCAGAGAGGCGGAAAAACAGAAGGCCCGAGCCAACUCCCAGAGAUCCCCGCUGACGGCUGAAACCAUCUUUGUGUGAGAGGCCAGAAAAGAGACAUCUGGGGUGGGUCUGCAUCCCAGAUAAGAUUAGCAGGGUUCCCCCGUCUUAGUCGACUAAUCAGUCCUUUUGCUCUUAGUCAUUU